CGGGGCGAGGGCCGACCGGGCGUGUUUGAUGGCUUCACUGAGAAGAGUCAAAGUGCUGUUGGUGUUGAACUUGAUCGCGGUGGCCGGCUUCGUGCUCUUCCUGGCCAAGUGUCGGCCCAUCUCUGUGCGCAGCGGAGACGCCUUCCACGAGAUUCGGCCGCGCGCCGAGGCGGCCAACCUCAGCGCGCAGAGCGCCAGCCCCAUACAGGAUGCGGUCCUGAAGCGCCUCUCGCUGCUCGAGGACAUUGUUUACCGGCAACUGAAUGGUUUAUCUAAAUCCCUUGGGCUCAUUGAAGGUUAUGGUGGGCGGGGCAAAGGGGGCCUUCCUGCUACCCUUUCCCCGGCUGAAGAAGAGAAAGCCAAGGGACCCCAUGAGAAGUAUGGCUACAAUUCCUACCUCAGUGAAAAAAUUUCACUGGAUCGUUCCAUUCCGGAUUAUCGUCCCACCAAGUGUAAGGAGCUGAAGUUCUCCGAGGAGCUGCCCCAGAUAUCCAUCAUAUUUAUCUUCGUGAACGAGGCCCUGUCGGUGAUCCUGCGGUCAGUUCACAGCGCGGUCAACCACACACCGACCCACCUGCUGAAGGAAAUCAUCCUGGUGGAUGACAACAGUGAUGAAGAGGAGCUGAAGGCCCCUUUGGAGGAGUAUGUCCACAAACGCUACCCCGGGCUGGUGAAGGUGGUGAGAAAUCGAAAAAGAGAGGGCCUGAUCCGAGCUCGCAUCGAGGGUUGGAAGGUGGCCACCGGCCAGGUCACCGGCUUCUUUGAUGCCCACGUGGAGUUCACCGCUGGCUGGGCCGAGCCAGUUCUCUCGCGGAUACAGGAGAACCGGAAGCGGGUGAUCCUCCCGUCCAUCGACAACAUCAAACAGGACACCUUCGAGGUGCAGCGGUAUGAGAACUCGGCCCACGGGUACAGCUGGGAGCUGUGGUGCAUGUACAUCAGCCCCCCGAAAGACUGGUGGGACGCCGGAGACCCUUCCCUUCCCAUCAGAACGCCAGCCAUGAUUGGCUGCUCGUUUGUGGUCAACAGGAAGUUCUUUGGUGAAAUUGGUCUUCUGGACCCUGGGAUGGAUGUGUAUGGAGGAGAAAAUAUCGAACUUGGAAUCAAGGUGUGGCUGUGCGGGGGCAGCAUGGAGGUCCUGCCUUGCUCACGGGUGGCCCACAUCGAGCGGAAGAAGAAGCCGUACAACAGCAACAUCGGCUUCUACACCAAGAGGAACGCUCUCCGGGUUGCCGAGGUCUGGAUGGACGAUUACAAGUCUCAUGUGUACAUAGCGUGGAAUCUGCCACUGGAGAAUCCAGGAAUUGACAUAGGCGAUGUCUCCGAAAGAAAAGCCUUAAGGAAAAGUUUAAAGUGUAAGAAUUUCCAGUGGUACCUGGACCACGUCUACCCAGAAAUGAGAAGAUACAAUAACACCAUUGCCUACGGGGAGCUUCGCAACAGCAAGGCAAAAGACGUCUGCUUGGACCAGGGGCCGCUGGAGAACCACACAGCAAUACUGUACCCGUGCCAUGGCUGGGGACCCCAGCUGGCCCGCUACACCAAGGAGGGCUUCCUGCACCUGGGAGCCCUGGGGACCACCACGCUCCUCCCUGACACCCGCUGCCUGGUGGACAACUCCAAGAGUCGUCUGCCCCAGCUCCUGGACUGCGACAAGGUCAAGAGCAGCCUGUACAAGCGCUGGAACUUCAUCCAGAAUGGCGCCGUCAUGAACAAGGGCACAGGGCGCUGCCUGGAGGUGGAGAACCGAGGCCUGGCUGGCAUCGACCUCAUCCUCCGCAGCUGCACGGGACAGAGGUGGACGAUUAAGAACUUCAUCAAGUAGUGGAAGGAGCUGGGGCCCUCGGAACCUGGCCCUCGGGACAGGGUCUGCGUCCUCUGGACCAGCCACGCUGGGAGAGAAACAGCAAGGAGUCGGCAGGUGCUCAGUGGGCCUCCCGGGGCUUCUCCAGGGCAGCCUGGGGCCCGGAUGGAGACACUGCGUCUCCAUCAGGCGUCCAGCUGCCUGAGGCUCGUGAGCCCUGGCAGAGCUCCCUGACCCUUCGCUGGGAGCACAGGAGCCGUGUAUUCCGCAGCCUGGAUACGGACCUGGUACUGAGGAGUGACACAUCGCAUCUCCUCCUGUCCUUCUUCCCAUCCACUUGCAGGACUGGGACAGGCGGGGGGCCCUCCUUUUUCUCAUCUCUCGUAGCAGCAGCAGCAGCUUCUGAAUUCCACCUGAGCCCUCAACGAAGUGGAGGGGGGUGCUGGGCCACAGCCUCGCUCCCCCUCCUCUGAGGAGGCAGCGAGGCCCUGAGACCCAGUGUCCCCCGGGUUGCUUCUGCCCAAACACCUGUUCACAGCCCAAGAUGGCCAGCCCCCAAACCUUUCCAGCAGGUGGCCUUGGACUUUUCUGGACUCCACCCCCGAGAUGACCUGGAAGGAGCUGAUGCUUCCACGGUCACCUGGGCACUAGGAUCCUAUGUGCCUGGACCAGCUCUUCCAUGUAUGUCGUCAGCAGGGAGGCAGAGAGCACGUGCGGUGGUCUCAGCUGUGAGGGCCCCCAGGCUGGAGCCGGGCCCAUUCUGCUCUGCCUGCCCAGGCGCCGGGGAGCCCGGACUCACAGUGGCUACCGCAGCGGGGACAGCAAUCAGCCCCCAUCUGGAGCUUAAGGACUGACGUCAGCACAGCAUAGGGGGCCAGGACCCUGGAGGAUGCUCUCGUGUCUCCCUGUGCUUGGCCAGCUGACAGGGAAGAAGGCAGUCGAGUCCCCUCUGAAGAGUAAUAACUUCUUUCUGAUUGCCCUCUGGUUAGGGUGCACUUAUAAAUCAGAGUUAAUAUAUGGACGAGUGUGCAUGCGUAUGAGGGUGUGUGCCUGGUGGGGCGAGUGUGCUGCUGCCUGUGCGUGCGUGCAUGGCGCGUAUGUCUGGGCGUGUGCGUCUGAGUGCACGGUAGGGCAGACGUAGAGGUGUGGCCUUGGACUUGUUGCAUUACUGCCAGCCCGGAUCAGAUCAAGGAUGCUGAGAAGCUUGUGGGGGGUGGGUUGGCCAGCAGGAUGUGACAGGGCUGGCACCCCAGAUGGAAGGCUGCCCUUCUGCCAGUUCCCAUCUGUCUCCCUCAUGCUGUCCGGCCAAGCCCUGCCCAGAACCAAACCCCACACCUGCCCAGUUUGGGGUUCACAGUGUCUCAUGUGGUGGCAUCUUACUGGUGAUCCUUUCCCCCUUUGUGAAAUAAAUACAUGUGAGCACUUCCCA